AUGCCUGUGGAACCUACAGUGGCUGAGAGUGUGCUGCUGCGUGUCCAGGUCACUGGGGUUUGGGAGGUGGUUUUUGACUUUCCAUAUCCAAAACCCACACCUGCAACCCCCGAGACACUGCGCGGGGACUGUGGGUCCUGCUGGGGAGAAGGGAGCCCCGCCGGCAGGGCGCUCACCUACCGCAGUAGGUGCUCAUCCGUGGGGAGCAUCGCUCCCGCACCCCGGCCUCCUGCUCUGUGGAGAGGCAGAGCCCACCCGGGCUGCGGCCCCGUCGGUCGGGGCUUGGAGAGGCGGAGGGCAGAGGCGGCGGCAGGGGAGCUCGGAGUCUUCUGCACGGACCCCAUCCCCAAAGGAGUCCGCUUCGGCCCUUUCCAAGGCAAAGUGGUCAACACCAGCGAGAUCAAGACUUACGACGACAACUCGCUGAUGUGGGAGAUCUUUGAAUACGGGCGCCUGAGCCACUUCAUAGACGGGAAGGGCGCCUCUGGCAACUGGAUGUCCCUGGUGAACUGUGCCAGGUUCCCCGAGGAGCAGAAUUUGACGGCUAUCCAGUGCCAGGGACAAAUCUUCUACGAGAGCUGCAAGGAAAUCUUACCGAAGCAGGAGCUGCUGGUGUGGUACGGCGAUUGCUACGUGCAGUUCCUGGGCAUCCCCAUCAGCCUGAAGGGCAUGCCGGAGGGGAAGAGACCCCCGCAGCACCCCGAAGAAGCCGGGGAGAGCUUUAAGUGUGAGCGCUGCGGCAAGGUUUUUGCCUACAAAUACUACCGGGACAAGCACCUCAAGUACACUCGCUGCGUGGACCAGGGGGACCGCAAAUUUCCUUGUCACCUUUGUAACCGAUCCUUUGAAAAAAGAGACAGGCUGAGGAUCCACGUUCUCCACGUUCAUGAAAAGCACAGACCUCACAAGUGCUCAGUGUGUGGGAAGAGCUUUUCUCAGUCCUCCAGCCUGAACAAACACAUGAGGGUUCACUCCGGGGAGCGCCCCUACAAAUGUGUCUACUGCAACAAGGCAUUCACGGCAUCCAGCAUCCUGCGCACUCACAUCCGCCAGCACUCGGGGGAGAAGCCCUUCAAGUGCAAGCACUGCGGCAAAGCCUUUGCCUCGCAUGCAGCCCACGACAGCCACGUGCGCCGCACGCACAGCAAGGAGAAGGGCUGCACUUGCUCGGUGUGCGGCCAGCACUUCCCGGAGCAGGAGGAUUACCACUUCCACAUGAAGAUUCACGCCACUCAUUAG